CAUUCUAUAAAGAAAAAUAAACAAAUAAAUUUUUGGAUUUCUUUUUUUGUUUAUUUUAUUCAGAUUUUUUUUUAAAUAAAAAAAAAAACUAUUAAAAAAGAAAAUGAUGUUUGAAUAUACAAGUGAUUAUUUAGCUGAAAAAUUACGUGAAAAUUGGUUAACACGUAAUCAUUCUAAUGAAUUUUGUAUAAAUAUGGAAGAAUAUGAUGAUUCAUUAACAAAUUUAAAUUGGUUACAAACUUUAAAUGUUCAUGAAUUCACAUCGACAACCUCACCGAUAUCUCCACCACCUACACCUCCAUUACAUUUAUUUCAUUCAAUUCAUAAUCUUUAUCCUUCAACAUCAACAUCCAUGACAACAUGGAAUACAUCGUCACAAAAAUUUCAUAACUACAAUACAACAUUAAACAACUGUAAACAACAUCGUAAUGAAAAUAAUAGUAAUAUUCCAUUUGUAAAUUAUUUGAAGCAUCGGUCAUACAUCUCUGUAUCAAAUCAUAAUACUACUAAUAAUACUACUGAUAAUAACUAUGUUAGUAGUAUUGCUCUAACAAAUAAACAAUAUAAAGAUUCACCUUUAAAAUGUUUAAAUAAUACAAUUAAUUUUUAUUCCAAUUCUAAUCCUAUUCAAUUUGAUCCUAUUCCUGUUACUAUGACAACUGCCACAAUGAAUAAUAAUAAUUUAAAUUGUCAACAAUUAUUCAAUACUGUUUAUAUGAAUCCUAAUGAUGUGAAUCCUAUGGAUAAUCAACAAUUUUCUAUUUAUGAUCUAUAUAAUAAUAAUAAUAAUAAUAAUAAUAACUAUUCAUUACGUAAUAAUAACCUUUCAAGAUUUGAAUAUCAUUCAUCUAUACAAAAGUUACAUAAGACUGAUGAUAAUGAUGUUGGUAAUGAUGUCCAUGAGGAUGAACCACAACAACAACACCAGCACCACCACCACCACCAACAACAACAACAAUCAAUGAAUGUAACCGAUAUAAAUUUACUUCUGAAUUCAUCAACUACUCAUAUCAUCAAUCCUAAUAGUAGUCAAGUGAAUUAUAAAAAAAGUUUUAAUCAUCAUCAUCAGAAUCCUACUUUAAUAGAUCAUGGUAACCAUUAUUAUUAUUAUUAUAUCACAGAGAAUAAUAAAUUAUUUAUUCAAUAUGAUCAAUUGUCUUUAAAUGAAAAACAAAUCUAUCAAAAUAAUAUAAAUUAUAAACCUGUAUUUAAUUCACAUACAUUAAUAUAUAUGUCAAUGAAUGGAUUGAAAAAAUAUAAAAUUACAUUAAAAGAGAUAUAUGAAUGGAUACAGUUACAUUUUGCAUUUUAUGGUUAUAGAAAAGAGAAUUCGAUAUGGAAAGAUAUUAUUCGUAAGCAUCUUACAUCUAGUCGUUGUUUUCAACGUGUACCUAAACGUAAAGAAGAAUUAGAUGGUCAUAAUGAUUUAUGGCGUUUAAAUUCAGAAUUACAUAAUCAAUUAUUAAAUCAUAAAAUAAGUCAUAAAUUUUUACUUUUAUGGCAAAAUCAAAUUUAUCCUAAAUUACCUGAUCUUAUUGAUUUUAUUGAAUAUGAUACUAUAUCAUCAGAAAUCAAUAAUUAUCCAAGAAAAGACGAUGAUCAUAAUGAUGAUCCUGAUCAUGAUCAAGUUAUCAAUGAUAAUGAUAAUAAUCAAUCAUCAAAACGUAGAUGUAUCGAUGGAAUAGAUCAUUUAACCAAUUUCAAUAUUGAUCAAUCAUCACAAUCCAAUUCUUGUACAUCAUCAUCAUCAGAAUUAUCUGAUUUAUAUACUAAUUCAUCAUUAGACUUAUUACCAGUAACAACAUCUGAUUUAACCUUAUUAGAUCAUAAUAAUAAUUAUUUAAAUACUUCAUUGAAUUCUAUUGGUUUGAAUGAUACUAUUCAUAGUAAUAGUCUAUUAAGAAAUAAUCUAUUAUGCCACUCUAUUCAAUCAUUACCAUUCAAUGUAAUAGAACAAGAUCAAUAUGAUUUACAAGGAUUAUUUAAUGAUCAUGAUACUUAUUCAAUAUUAAAUGAUCAUUUCUGUGAUAGAUCAACUUCAUCAUUAUCAUCAUUUGACUUAAAUGAUAAUGAUAACAAUGCAACUACUACUAAUACUACUACUAGUAGUAGUAGUACUAAUACUACUAGUACUGCUAAUACUAUUACUAAUACUACUACUACUACUACUACUAAUGGAUUAUUCAGUGAAAUCCCGUCGUUAAAUGAUUUUGAUAAUGAUGAAUUAUUAGAUCCAUUAGAUUUAACUAUACAUAAUAUGAAUUCACGUUUAACACAUGAUUGGUGGUUAAAUAAUUCUUCUAAUAUUACUCAGGAUAAUUUAUCAGAAUCAAUGACUAAUUUUAUUAAUUCAACAUUGAAUGAAUUAGAAAGGAAAGAACAAGAAGAAGUAGUAGUAAACGACAAAACAGCAGUCGAAAGAGAAACCGAUGAAGUACAUCAAAGAAUUAAUGAACAAGAAGAUAUAAAUAGAAUUAAAUUACAUAUAAAUCCUUUAUCAACUGAAUUCCUUACAAAUGAAUUAUUAUUAAAUCAAACAUUGUCAUUAUUAUCAUCGUCAUCAUCAUCAUCAUCAUCAUCAUCAUCAUUACCACCAACUGAUUUAACAAUAUUAUCACCAAGAUUAUUAUCAAUAAUGAAUCCAUUAGAUAUCAUUGAACCGGCCUCAUCCACAUCAUCCACAUCAACAUCAACAUCAUCCACAUCAUCGACAUCAUCUUUGUCGAUUCCAAUAACAUGUAAAUAUUCUAAAACUAAUGAAACUACUAUUAAUAAUGAAGAGGAUGCAUUUUUUCAUUAUUUAAAUAGAACUAAACAAAAUAUUAAUAGUUUAAUGCCUAUGAAUAAUAUCAAUGAUCCUAAUGAUAUACAACAAGAGAAUAAUCAUAACCAUAAUCAUAAUCAACUAGACCAGAUACAAAAUCAAAAUUGGAUUGAUCAUAAAAUGAAUUUAGAUGAUCUUGAUCAUAUUUUAGGACUUAAUUAAUUAUAAACUAUAAAAUAUUGAUUUAUCAGAUAUAAGUAGUAUAUUAUCCAUAGGGCAACAGUAAACAGACAAACAAACAAUCUAUGAUCCAUUUCAUUCCUUUAUGUAACAUUACUUUAUUAUUAUUAUUAUUACUGUCUAUGUGACUGAAUCAUUCAUUCCUAUACCAUUUGUAAACAGAUUUAUAUAACUUUCAAUACCAAAAUGAUAAGAGUUAAAAAAGGUAGGUAAGUAAGAUAAGAGAGGAAGGUAAGUAAGUGAAUAAAUAAGACAGUAUAUCAUUGAAUGGAAGAUUAGAUGAUAUCAAUGUUAUAGUAUUGAAUGAUAUCAAUGAUCCUUAUUAGCUGCCUUAUUUUAUAAUUCACUUAUUGUUACUUUAUAAGCCAAUAAAUUAAAAUAAUCUUCAUGGUACCCAAAAAAAAAUAUUUUUUUUCAAAUUUAGGAUUUUACUACUUAAUUACUCCAAAAAAAUUUUUUCUACAAUAUAUAUUGAUAGGUAAACAAAAAAACAUGUUUCUCAUUUAAAAGAAGAAAAAAAAAGAGAAAACAUAAAAAAGAAAAUAAAUAAAUAAAUAAAAUUUACAAUCCUUAAAAUGUAUUUUUGAAUUAAAAAAAAAUAUGAUCUUUUUGUUUCUAUGUGUGCGUGUGUAUUUGUGUGUGCGUGUGUGUGUGUGUGUAUGGAAAAGAUCUAUUCUUAUAGUCAUCAUAGUUAUUUGUAGUUGUUUUUUUUGUUGAUUUUCUUUUUGUUUAUUUUUUCUUUUUAAUAUUUAUGAAACUUUGUUUUUAAUUGUUCUAAAAAAUAAGGAAUCCCUUUUUAUCAUUAUUAUUAUUAUUAAUAUAAAUAAUUAUUUUCUAUAAUAUUCAAUGAAUAAGAUGAAUUAAUUUCAUUAAUUUAUAUUGAUAAUAAUUAAAUGUUUGAUUAUUUUUUUUAUGGAAUGCUACAAUGGUUGCUGGGAGACAAAAACAUUGAAUUACACACACAUAUAUAUACAUAUAUCUGUACACCCAUACGCACACAUGCC